CGCAACCGCCUGUCUUUCCAUUUGGCAUCACAAGCUGGAAUCAUCAUACAAUCUGUAGUUUUAAUGGCUUCUUCCUACUGCAUUUUCUUGGUUUUGUGCCUAAGUUUGGUCUUUGAGAGAACCCGUGUGACGACCGUAGAGGCGCGGUCUCUUCCCGAUGCCGGACGGGAACUGCUGUCGGGGCCGGAAGUGAAGGGGGUGCCGCCAUUGCCCAGGCCUAAGUUGCCGCGUUUGCCUCCUUUGACUGGCUCGCCGCCUACUUCGAAUAUGCCGGCGCCAAAAUUGUCGCCGUCGCCGCCCUCAGAGUCUUCGCAGACUCCACCUGGUUUCAUUUCGCCAUCACCAGCGCCUAAAUCAGCGCCGUCACCCCCGAGUUUCAAUGCGCCAGCACCUAAGUCCCCAUCAGCACCAUUGAAAUCAACCCGACCUCCGAAAUCAUCUCCAUUGCCUCCUAAGUCGCCUAGUCUCAAGCCACCGGCCACUAAACAAUUGCCGUCACCGCCAUCGAAAUCUGCUCAUUCACCACCAUUGCCAAAAUCACUACCUAGUCCCACCCCUUCAAUGCCAAAAUCGCCGCCAUCAACGCCUACUGCACCUCCUCCUGAUUUAUCAGUGCACAACUCGUCACAUUCGCCGCCAUCAAAAUCUAGCCGACCACCACCUCUAACCAAUCCGCCGUCUCCAAAAUCACCUCCUGUACCUCCAUCAAAGUCGACCCGAUCACCACCUAAUCCCACCCCUCCAAUGCCAAAAUCACUGCCAUCAACGCCUGCUGCACCUCCCCCUGAUUUAUCAGUGCACAACUCGUCACAUUCACCACCAUCAAAAUCAAGCCGACCACCACCUCGAACCAAUUCGCCCUCUCCAAAAUCACCCCCUCUGCCGCCAGCAGAGUCGACCCGAUCACCACCUAAUCCCACUCCUCCAAUGCCAAAACCAGCACCAUCGACACCUAACGCACCUCCCCCCGAUUUUUCAGCACACAACUCGUCACAUUCGCCACACUCAAAAUCAAGCCAACCACCAUCUCGAACCAAUUUGCCGUCUCCAAAAUCACCGCCUGUACCGCCAUCGAAGUUGACCAGAUCACCACCUAAUCCCACUCCUCCAAUGCCAAAAUCGCCACCAUCUACUCCUAACGCACCUCCCCCCGAUUUAUCAGCGGACAGUUCGUCACAUUCGCCACCAUCAAAAUCAAGCCCACCGCCACCUCGAACCAAUUCACCCUUGCCAAAAUCACCACCAUUGCCACGCAAAUCGCCACCUCCUAGCUCACCUCCUAAAUCGACACCGUCACAGCCAUCACCAUCGACCCAAACUCCGCCGGGAUCCCAUUUAUCAUCUCCUAAACUACCACCUAGCUUGCCCAGCUUCGAUCCACCAACACCAAAGCAACCAUCAUCACCACGAUCAAAGAACAUAAAAGCUCCUCCUAUUCCACCAACUCCUAUAUCUUCAUCACCACCUACUUCUCACCAGCCAGCCCCAAAAUUGUCACCAUCGUCACCAAGCCCGCCAAGUUCUGCUUUACCGGCACCGAUACCGGCAGCACCAUCUCCACCAGUGUCAAAGCAACUGCCACCUGUAUGCAAUUCACCCGUACCUAAACCAUCACCUUUACCGCCAAAAAUAACUUCCCUGCCACCACCGACCUCGUCCGCACAAGCACCAACCUUACCACCGAUGCCUUCGAAAGGAGAAUUUUAUUCACCAUCAGUAGCACCAUUGCCUUAUACACUGCCAGCACCGUAUGAACACACAAUGUCUCCGCCGCCGCCGUCCUAUCCGAUGCCUACAUUGCCUGCAUUUCCGAAACUCCCACAGGUGACAUGGCCUCCAUAUCCUUCCUUCCCCAAGAUUCCUGGGAUCCCGAGGACGAAUUCGACCACUUCUUCUCCUCCAUCUCCUUCAUCUGCAAGAGCCUGAGCACUUUCUCCUGUGUAGCAUAUCAGUCUCUUGGAUCUUCUUCACCCACUGUCCUUUAAAUUUGAAUGUAUGUCCGAGCAAAGAAAAUGCUCAACUGCGCUUUUUGUCGAUUAAAUUGCAAGUGAAAAACAGUGUUAUGUUCAUCGAAGUUCUCGAGAUCAUGUAUUGGUUUUGUAAGAUUUGGUUGGUCAGGCUUCUGCAAUUUUGCCAAGAUU